AUGAGUAAUACAGGUCGUGCUGCGCCGAGUGGCUAUGAAAGCCACGCGCAGCCUCGCUCUCGCAGCGGCGGAGAGAAGAGCGCAGCCGUUCGCCGCAGCACCUCGAAAGACCCUUCCACGCUUCCGCUAAACUCUGGUGAGCACGUCGUGCACCCAUCGGAGCCGCGUUCGUCUUCCUUUACCCCAAGCGCUGCCACGGACCGCAACCAUGACUUUCCGCACGCCGCAAGACCCGGUGUCGCACCUUCGGACCUUCUCUUCGCAAACGCUAUGCAGCUGCAGGGCCCACCACGGGUGUCGCCGUUGAAGGGCACCCAGUGUGCACCGCAAGGGAGCGUGGCCCAGGUGUUCCACGAUACUGUGCGAACGCCGGUGAAGGAGAACGGUGCUCGCGUACUGCAGCACAACAGCAGUGGUGGAUCAUCGUCGUACCGCUCUCUCCAGCCGCACCAGCCGCAGAACUCGCAGAUGCCUGCGUCGUCGGCCCACGGCUAUUCCACUCCAAGCAACGCAGGUUUCGCAGGCUUCGGAGCCGUACCGCCGGACACGUCCCGGUCUGCAGGGGCUGCCGUUCAUUACACCGGCUUACCAGCAGCGAACACGCGAGACGACGCACCGUGCGGCAUCAAGGCAAACGAGUAUAUCAUGGUGCGUCCGGAGUUUCUACAGAUGCUGUUGCAGCAACAUCAGCAGUCGAGGGCCUCGUCGGUGGUGGCGGCGGCGUCGGCGUGUGCGCAGGACGAGUCCGCCCAGCCGCCGGUGCAGCACACCGCGCAAUGGGGCGGGGAUGCCGCGGUGACGGAUGGGCGGCGCAACGGGUGCCCGAGUUACGCGAACAGCGGACAGGGCAACCCGCCGCAUCGUAGUAAUCAGAACAACAGUGGCAGCGCAAUGACGUCUCCUUUUUUCCUCCAGACGCAGCAGCAGCGGGACGGCAACGUUGGACGAUCGCUGCCGUCGAAAGGCAACGUGAGCGUGAGCAACGUCGUGAUCCGUGCUCCACCAGCGACAACGAGUGCAGCCGGCGCAACAGCUCUACGCGUCGCGGCGGCAAGCACUCCUAACUUCAAUCUCCAACAGACGAAGGGAUCCAACAACGGCAGGUAUGGCACCGAGUACGCGCACGGUGUGCAGAUCAACAGCAGCAGCUGUGCAUUGGGCGCAAAGCGCUCGCAAACGAAUACGUCCUAUACCGCCAUAUUUCAAUCCCCGACGGCGGGUGCUGCAAGCUUGAAGGGUGAUGCCGCCUCUCAUUUGCACACGCCGUCGUACCCGCACGAGGCGCUGCCACCACCACCAUUGCCAGCGAAUUCGGCGACGACGUUCCUUUCGGGCGGGUGCGCUCCCCUUUCACCUCCUCUGCUGCCAGCUGGCGGUGUACUGAACACACGAGGCGGAGGCGGCGGCCUAUUCAGUACGCUGCUGCCGCCGCCUCCACCACCGUUGCCAUCGGACGUGAAGAGUGCAGGCGCUUCCGCAAAACAUCACGUUAGCCGAAAUGGAAAAGGUGGUCCUGCUGGCUACAGCAUGCAAAUCAAUAAUGCAAAGACUGGUAUGACGAACGCUGGACGUCGCGGCAGUCGCAAUGGGGCCAGCCAUCUCGAACAGCAGCACCAGCAGCACCAGCAGCAACAGGGAGAACGGGAGGACGACAGUUCUGCAGCUGGGGCCGCCAGCGGCGGUGUUCACAGACGCGGUGGUGCAACCAACACCCACCAUUCCCACUACCACCACCGCAGCGGCAGCAUUGGCAGCAACCACGACGACAGCGACAACGACCACAACCACAGCGGUUACGUCGAGACAAAGAACGGCGCCAACUUCGUGGUGGGCGGAUGGUAUGAGGGGGUGGUGAAGCGAUACAAUCCGCUCCGCGGCUUCGGCUUUUUGACAUGCACCCACCAACUGCACUUCGACUUCCGCGCGUGUGAGCAGGCCUGCACGCGCAACGCCGAGGACGUGUACGAGCGACAGCAGAGGCAGGAGCUGGAGAAGGCUGUGGUGGCCGCAACGCCCCUCUGCGGUGGGGGUGGCGGUCGUGGUGCGAACGAUGACGGUGCCGAAGACAAGCCGGGACCGCUGACAACGGCGUGCACGGAUGCAAGGAGCAUGCCGGCUGCACCGUCGCCCGCUUCGUUGAAGGCGGGUGACCCGCCCGCACCGCACAGCACCGGUGCCCCUAACCCGCUCGCCGAAGAGCCUCCGUUACACCACAGGAGUAACACCGAUGUGGACGCGGCGAGGCUGGAGGAGGGAUCGUUGGAGGCCACUGCCAACGGCAAGAUGCACGGCACCGUCGUGUACAGCACGAUGCAGUGGUACCUGCACACCAUCGAUGACAAGUCUCCCCACUCGUUUUCUUCCACCCGCACCGGCGACACGGCUGCCGUUGCCGCUGCCGCCGCCGCAGCAGAAGAAGGGAAAGACAGCGCCCCAAGCAACGCCGCCCUUGCAGUGGCGGAGACGGAUAAGGCAGCGGGGGAAGAAGAAACGGAGUACAAUCGCAGCGACCUCGCUGCCCCCACCACAACCGGCGUUGUCUUGCGCAAACUGGAGCGGGAGGCGAUGCAGGUGGGUGACAUCUUCGUCCACCACUCGUGCAUCUCGAUGGGCGGCUUCCGCGUAUUUGUGCCCGGCACGGUGGUGCGCUUCAGCGUGGCGGUGCUGAUGGACACGGUGCAGGCGGUCGACGUCGUCCCACUCGGGCCGGAGUGGGCGACACCGCGGCCGCCAGCGGAGAUGACGACGCCGCCGCUGUACAAGGUGUCCUCGACGGCGGCCACCGUCCUGCGCUACCACCGCCACAGCUGGAAGGCGGUGGGCGAGCCGGAGACUGGCGGGCCGCACAGCCGCGUCGGCAGCACGUCUGUGCAGUGGACGGAUAUGGCGGUUAUCCCAACCGCUGCCAUUCCGAACUCCGUGGAGGGGAUGAGUGAGCUCCUGAUCGUGCGGGUGCCCGCUGCCAACCCGCCGGUGUCCACCAUGACGGAGACGGCCACUUCGACGAGGAGUGGCUCCGUGACCGCGUCUGCUGCCGAUGCUGCGAAGGCGGUGAAGAUCGCUGCUGCGCUGCCGGCACCGCAUGCCACGACUACAGCUGAAGAGGAGAAGCAGGCGAAGGAGAGCACAGCGACCACCACGGCUGGCAACGCUCCGGAGGCCUCGACAACGUCGCCGUUGGUGGUGGAGUUGGGGGUGGUGGCACCACCAGACCGCAUGAAGGCUGCCUCCUACCAGAACAGCAGGGACUCCAGUGUGGAAUGGGCCACCGCAACGCCGCAGAGUGUGCCAAGGUACGAAGAAAUGGAAAAGCAAUCUGCUACUACUGCCCGUGCCUUGCUGGAAAAAGACUCCUCCACAGAGUUCAAUGGCGUCCCCACCGCCUUCUCUGGUGGAGGUCUGACGAGCAGUAAGACCGACACCCACCGCGGCCACCACCGGGCUGCGGCGGCCACCGAGACAAACGGGACGGGCUCCCGUAAUAUCACCGCCGGUACCACCACCACGGUGGCUCCCACGCAGAGCAGCGGGCACACCGGCAGCCACGGCUGUGAGGCGGGCAUGCAGCGGGGGAGGGUGGUGGUUCAUCGCCUAACACCGACGGGCUCCUCAGGGGAUCAGGAGGAGCCGAUGUCGUCCCGGAACAUGGGCGGUCCGCAGAUGUCGUCGACGGUCUCCGGCGAGAAGGGCAACGCAAACGAGAAAGGACAUCGCCACGACGGGCGGCAGCCGGUGGUGAAGGAGGAAAUCGGCAAGGUGAACGACGGAGGAAAGGGCCGCCCCCACCACAAGUACGAGCCCAACGCGCCGGCCGCCGUCAACAAUACUAUUACCUUCGCUGCCGCGCCUCAAGAACCUGUUUACUGCGGAUCCCCUAACCUGGCCUCACACGAGGGGGUGGACUUCCACGGCGGUUCUAUAAACCCCUUGAGUAGCAGCAUCUGCUGCGACGACUCCGACGACAAGGACGCCGCGACGACGAUGUCCACAUCCCGCUCCGGCAACACGCUGUCCGACUGCAAUCCCGGCCCGACGCCUGAUUGGACGGAGUUCUUCGAGCGCAAGAUGGCGAACGAGCGAACCAAGGAUAUCUUGAUGCACAAGAUGGACCUGAGGUUCUUUCCCCACCGCAGUGCGAAGAGUGCGGCGGCAGCUGCUUCGGCGGCAGCAGCAGCAGCGGCCUUGUCCGCGCUCGGUGGGGGCGAUGCGGCUGGAGACGGUGGCGCUGCUGUUUUCACCCCUUUGCAUCCCGAGGUGGUGCCACUGUCCGCCGCUGGCGAGUUGGACAGCAGCUCCUCGCGUGGCAUGGAAGAGGAGGAAGUGAAGGGCGCGAUGCGGAUGAUGGCAGCGGCGGCGGCCAGCGACUCCCUUGGGGAGGGCCGUCGUCACAACCUGAUCGGCGGCGGGGAGGCGGAUCCGUCUUCUUCGCAGCUGCCGACGCCGGAAGACCCGAGUGGGCAGACAGGCACUAUACGGACUGCCACGUCGGAGGAGCGCCGCGACAGCAACAGCGGUGACGCCGCCCCUGCCGUUCAACAGCACUGCGCCAAGUCGAAGAAAUCGGGUGAGAGGGCUGUGGAUGACAAGAAGCGGCGCAACAGGAGCAGCGCGGCGGUCAUGUCGACGCUGGUGAUGGUCGCAGUGUCGAAGCUGCCGCCCUCGCUGGCCACGCAGGUGCCACGUGGGGUGACGGUGAUUGCGCUGCCCAAAGCCACGGCAAAGGAGCUGAGGAUCGAGUCGUUGCCGAUGGAUUCCACCAACGCCGCACUGCUGUCCACCCCUGCCGAGCCGGAGGUGCCGCUGCCAUCCUUCUCGAACCCACAACCGCCACAGCCGCAACGCUCAUCGCCUGAGUUCAGUCCGUGGCCGUCCAUGCCCGCCUCUUCGCCGAGUGCUUCCACCAGCUCCGACGGCGACUGCUACCACCAUUUGAUGAUGGCAGCGGGAAACAUAACGACGUCGAGUGACAGCCGCACCCGCCCUCUGCCGGGCAAGCAGCAGGACCCACACUCCUCCGCCAGCGCCCGUAUUGUGUUUCCUUUUGUGACGGAACUACCGGGUGCUCCCGCUGUCGCUGCUACCGCCGGAACAAUCGUGUCUGCGGCCAAGUCUCACGAGUUCCCGCUGAGCUCCGUCGGCGUGGAGUCGUCGGACAUGACGACACGCUCGCGGCUGCUGCAGAGCAGCGCGAUGAACACGGCGCUCACCUUACUCAGCUCGCACUCGACUCCGGUGCCGCCGUACAUGGUGGACAUGCCGCUGCCGCCGUGGAUGCGGGAUACAGAGCCGCCGCCGCAACAGCAGCAGCAGCAGCAGAUGCCGAACAGAGGCAAUGCCGUCUACUCACCAGCUCCAGAGCACCCCCACAAGCCGUCGUUGUCGCAGCCAUACCCAUUUGCGCAAGGAAAUGACGCCUUCCUGCCCCUCAACUGCAACACGGCUAAGCGAAGCAUAAAUCGCCCUCCCAAUGGGACGUCGCCUGGGGUGAAUCAAAUGACGGACAGCGACACGUUCCCGCAGCUGUGA